AUGUCCAACACCAAAGUUUUGGGCCCGAGUUCUCGCAGCUCCUCCCAACGGAGUUCGACAUCCUCAGCACCUUCAUUGGCCUCGAAGGACUCAAAGACGCCUUCCUUGAAAAGCUCGGAGGGGCUUGGCAGCCCUACCACAAAAACCGGCCGAUCUGCUUCGCCGGAAAAGCCCAAAUCCCCAAAGGAGAGCAAGGGCGAUGCGAAGCAAAAGACUUCGGUGACGAGCAAGACAUCGAAGACCAAGAAAGAUGGUAAGGACACAGAAGAUUUCUUUAGCAUGAUCCCAUGUGGGACUCCCUUUGCUCAGCUCUCCAGUCUCAAGGAGGUCCAAAAUGAUAUAGAUGCCCUCACAGAGCUAAUCAUCAAGAAGCUCCAGUGCUGUUUCGUCAUGUACGACUUCAGAACAGAUAGGAGAAUGACUGAGAAGGAGGGCAAGCGCUACACACUCCUGGAGGUCCUAGCAUACUGGCCGGCUGACAAAGGAGAUGAUAAGAAAAAGAGCAACCCAAAGAUUGGCGGCAAGAGUGAGGAAGACCCAACCAGUUCGGCAAUCUUAGCAAGCAGCACUGGCACGGAGACCGAGAGCCAACACUCCGGAAAAGGUGGGGGCACGCUCAUCGGCACCGUGGUGGAGUUGGUAAGAAAACACGCCUUCCGAACCCUCAUGCACAAAGACCGCACGCCCAUGGACCUGCUGGACGGUGACGACGAAGAGCCCCUCUUGGAGCAAAGCUGGCCGCACCUUGAGCUUGUCUAUGACGUGUUCCUUAAGGCGGUGCAGAGCAAAGACCUGGACUACCCCCUUGCCCAGGCAUCCGGUUUGGACAAGGCUUUUGUGACUAAGCUGAUCGACCUCAUUGAGACCGAUGAUCCUCGCGAGCGGGAAGUUCUCAAGACUCUCAUCACGAAGAUAUACAGCAAGCUGAGCAAUCUUCGCUCCACAAUCCGGCGAGCAAUCCAGGCAUUCUGCCAGAGGGCUGUGCAAAUGGAGGAUGGGCAAACUCCCCAGUGCGGACUCUCAGAGUUGCUUGAAAUAUUUGGGGCUCGCAUUGUGGGAAGUUUUCAGACACCUCUCCGGAAGGAGCACCGCGAUGUCCUCACCGAUGUGCUCCUUCCCCUGUACAAGCUUGACCACUUGUCUUUCUUCCACUCGCAGCUCAAGGACUUGGUGAAAUCCUUUUGCAAGAAGGAUUCUGGCUUGGCCAAAUCAGUAGCAUUAGGUCUGCUACGCUACUGGCCCCAGUGUGCCAGCUCAAAGCAGACCAUCUUUCUUGGCGAGCUGGAGGACAUGAUCCACCAGAUGCCCAGCACCGAUUUCAGGUCUAUAGGUCCUCAAGUGGCCAAGCGAGUCUCUGCCUGCGUGGUAUGCCCACACUCAGAGGUUGCAGAGAAGGCUCUGAAUAUUUGGCGACAUCAGCCUACUGUUCGGGCCACGGUCUCCUCCUGCAAGGAAGACCUGCCAGUGAUUGUCAGUGCUUUGUACAACAAUGUGACCCAAGCAUGGGCCCCCAACGUGAUGAGCAAGACGCUGGAGGUGCUCAAGAACUUCAUGGAUGCUGACCGAGAGCUCUUUGACAGCUGUUCCUCCAGGCAUCGCAAGCAGGCUGACGAAGCUGACAAGCGCGAAGCCAUCCGCCUGGAGCGCUGGAGGAUCCUGAGAGCCAUGCAUGACAAGGUGCAUGUGGGGGACAGGCUUUUCGAAAUGCCCAGGUCAGCACCUAGAACACCAACAGGCCGGCCUCAGCUCCCCCUCAAUGAAGAGGUGGCUUUGAAGCCAGAUUCUAGUUGCGCAUUCUCUUUGUGUUGGGACUGGGCAUCAGCACCCUCUGUCGAGCAGUUGGCCUUGCAGGCGCUGAUCGUCAACACGGAUGGCAAGAUCAUAGAUGCUGUCCACAACCGAAAUCUGACAGCUUUCCAGUCUGCUGUGCGAUUAACUCCGCGGGCACCUGCACAGAAUAUGUGUAGCGCCUGCUGCGGCACCAUCUGGGUGUCACUGGACUUGCUUCCACUAGACGUGGCCAUGGUGAUUUGCAUGGUAACGUCAGCUACGGGAGUGCCCCUUGCAAGCAUUGCAUGUCACAUGGUCCUGAAUGUUGACUUCAGUGGCAAUGUUUGUCUGGGUGAAAUAGCCACAGAUGUGCCCACAGCGGCAAAGAUGGGCUGCCUGAACGUUUUGAGGAGGCAGGACUGGAGCAACUGGACUAUGGUCCCAAAGUGCGACUGGACAAAGCAGGCAUGGCACUUCAUGGAUUUUCCGGACUUGCCUGGCAAGUUCAUCAAGGAAGUGCUCCCCAACGUGCCAAAGAAGCAGAGGGCCCAGGCCUCGUUCGUGGCCAUGGCGAAGGGAUCCGUUGCAGAUUGCCCAGUCUUCCCAGCAACCGGAGUCAACAAGCGGGUCUUUGUCGGUGCUGGUUGGGACUGGUAUUCUACGGAUGAGUCCAGCAGUAUCAAGGUGGCCUUGGUUCUGCUCAAUGCUGAUGGCAAGCACGUUGCCACAAUCUCGGCGGAGGAGUCCGACUCCGUCAAGGGUGCGUUUCACACAGGGGAUGGGGCUCUUUCUGCCGGAGUCUUCCUGGAGCUGGACUCACUUCCGGAGGAGGUGGCGGUGGCAUUCCUAGUUGCCCACAUCCCAGAUCCAGAGAUCAAUUUCGGCAUGGUUCAGCAACCUCACAGCACAGUAAUCGAUGCAACAGGGAAGGAACUCCUGCGAUACUUCAUGCCGGAGGACAGAAAGAAGGCCAGCAGAUACAAUGGCCUCAUAGUGACGCGACUGUUCUGGAACGAGUUUCAAGGCCGAUGGAGUGUGCAGGCCCUAGGCCACUACUGCACUGGUGGGUCUUGGAAUAAGUCUCAGACGGAGAUGGCGAGCUUGAUGGCAAUGCCGCCUAGCAACUUGCAGACGUUGCUGAUUGAGGACGAGGAUUCGGUAACUCGAGGAGAUCAUCGGUCAACCACCGCAGCAAGCUCCACAAGCCAGAGUGUGAUCAUGAAUGCUGAGCAGGUGGUCGCCAGACCUGAGUUCAUCGUUGGGGCACGGGUUGAGUUCGUCAGCCCUCGAACAGAGCAACUGAUGCGUGGUACCAUCACACGCCGCAGUCCCCUGAACAUGCUGGAGGCCACAGAAGUACAAAGGCAGUGGGAACCGCCAGUUGCGAGAUACCAAGCAGGAGCAACCGUGGAGUACUUCUCCAGAGGCCUGGAUAUUGGAUCAGCCCAGCAGAGCAGCAGGCACUGCUUAGACCAGCACAAGCUCAACCAGCGCUGUCCCGUGUUCAAAGUAACGCCAGAGAUGGCCGUGCAGGGUGCUCACGUACGCUUCUGCUACGCGGGCAUCUGGAAAUCCUGUGUUGUUGACGGAUUUCUUCCGCAGGGCCUCCAGAAAAAGGCCCUGCACGAUCAUGACAGCGAGAACAGGACACCGCUUGAGCUGCUGGAGUUGGAUCCAGCAUUUGAGGAACAGGAUGAGCUGGUGUUCGUGAAAGUCCGCUCCGCAAAUCUGACAGGUCUCCAGGCUGCUUUGGAACGAAGGGAUGGGACCGGUGGGACCUACCGCAGCCAUGAGAGCCGGGAAGCUCAGAAGCGAACGCACGCCACCUUCGAUGAUGGGAGGCUUCCGACCAGAGUGGGGCUCCAUGGUACGGAAGCUGAUGGUAUUGACUUUACUUUCAAAGCUCCAGCGGAAAGCAGAUCGGAUCAAUCGCAGCUGCUCGCGGUUGCAGAGAUGGAAGUUCCGCCUGGAAGGCAUGCGCACCGAUUGCUGCUUUUCCCUACAAUCGAGGACAUCCCGCAGACCGCGCGGGGACCAAUGAUGUUGUUUCUCGAGACAUCGAUGGUGCAGGCUCAUGUUGGCAUUUCGUGCGCCUCAUGUAGGGCAAAACCGAUCCGUGGGCCCAGAUUUAAGUGCAGCGAGUGCUCGAACUUCAAUUUGUGUGCAGACUGCUAUGCCUUGCGCGCGACAAUCCACCCAAAUCACGAGUUGGUGCGUGUGGAAAUCACAGACUACUUGCAGCCGACUCGUUUGCCGUCCACGCGAUCAAAUAUUUCUGUUGCCGAUUCUGGUAGACAUUUGUUUCAAGAGGCGCUGGUUGAAAGAGAGCUCGCAGAUCAAGACCUGAUUGUGGAGCUUAGUCGCAGCAACACUGGUGAGGCUGCGAAUAGUUUGGGUCUUUGCUGUGCACCGGACGAGGACGACGCAGCGGUGUUGCUCAUACAGGAUAUCCAGAUGGGCACACCUGCCGCAGAGUGGAACGACAGACAAGAUACUUCACAGCCAUGGGGAACAUUCAUUUUGAUUGGCGAUGAGAUCAAGGAGGUUAAUGGCAAGACAGGCUCGGAAAACAUGCUCCAAGAACUCAAUGGGUCUGGCCCAUUUGUCAUUCACAUCACGCGCCCUUCUCGCCGAGCACGUGCUGUGCUUGAAGCAACUGCCGGAGAUGCGGCUGCAGCUGGGGACAUCUUGCUUGGUGACGAUGCUGCAACGGCCCUCCACCUGAAUGCCAACAACGAGGUCUGCGGUAUUUGCACGGACACUCGUACACGUGGAGGAGCACUGCGGAUUCGGCCUUGUGGCCAUGGAUGGUUCUGCCGUGGCUGUAUCCAGCAAUGGGCGGCUGUUCAGAUGAGUGAUGGCAAAAGUUCGGUUAUGUGCCCCAUUCCAGAGUGCAAGCAGUUCAUCGGCCACCGGCAGCUGCGUGCAGUCCUGUCCAUCGCUGACUUCGGCCGUUUUGUCCGGCGAUCCGUGGAGAACCUUUGCCUGGCAGAUCCGUCUCUCAUUGCGUGUCCAACUCCCGACUGCCCCUAUCGUGCCUGGAUUGGUGAGGAGGAUCGGCCAAGGCUGAUCUGUGAAAUCUGCUUUACGGAGUCCUGCGUCCGGUGUGGGGCCUCACCCUUCCACCACGGCCUGAGCUGCGCAGAGGAAGCCCGCCGUGCUGCACUCAUCAUGAGUGGCUACCAGCGUGUCGUCCCACGCAUUGAGGAAUGUCUGCGUCAAGCUCUCUUCCGCAAAUGCCCUGGCUGCAACAUGCCUAUAGAGCGAACAAACGCUUGCUGCCACAUGACGUGCUCCCAUUGCCGGACUGAAUUCAGCUGGGUGUGCGGCAGGCGGUACGCUGAAUGCAGAUCAUAUCACAACUGCUUGACCAAUUCCAUUUACUUGCAAGACAUUUUGGCCGAUGAGCUUCGGCGUCGAAACCUUCCAGCAGAGGAUGAAUUGGCUAGCGAUUUGUUUUUGGAGUUCCGCGCUGCUUACCUCUUGGCACAGAUCCGGGCUGAAGUUGGCGAAGACAUGUGGGGGGCACUGCAGGAGAACAGGCCAGAAAUUCUCCAAAACGUAAUCCGUGGUCAUGGCAGCAUUCCUUGGGACAACACUGCACUGUUGGCCCGCCUUCGGCAAGCAUUGCCUCAUGCCUUCCCUUGA